AUGAGUUCGGCAAGACUCGACUGUGUGGUAAAACCUCCACAACAGGGAUCCGAGCGACUGGUCGCCGUCGACAAAACGGAUCAACGAGGAGACGCUGCGGUUCCAAAAAAUAGCCUCGGCCUCUUUGCUGCGACCAUCACAACUUGGAGCUGCGGCCGCAGGCACAAAGCCAAACCCAUACUCGAACUGAGUUUUUACGUAAGCGCCUUCCUACAGUUUCCGAUCUUUGACCACAACAUCAUGGCGAUGGCUCUAAUGGCGGUGUCGCUCGGACCAACUCGAAACACCUCGAAGUCGACUGACGACCACCGCAACGACGACCACGACAACUGCAAAUCAAUAGUAACGCACAAAUUGUGCAGCCUUCGACGCAAAAAUAUGCAUCCUGCGUGA